AUGUUGAAAUGUGUAAUUCGCAAAAUGUUUGCUGCGAAAGCAAAUUCUUUGGAAAGCAAUCCAAAGUUAUCUCUUCACGCUGCUGUAAUUAUACAGUGUUGGUAUAGAAAGUGUAAAGCGAGACUAGACGUCCGCCGAAAGUGCGCAUGGCAAGUGAACCAAUCACUAGAAUACGUGAUGGAUACAGACGAUUCUGAAGGGCUACAACUUAUAUUGUCUAACUUUGGUGAUACAGAAGAUGUUUCAGAAUCAAACAAAUCUUUACUCAAUAGACAAAUUUCGUUUGCAGCUGACUUCAACUCAGAUCUUAACUCUUUAGAACCUCCAAUAUCUGAAGAAAAUUUCCUAUCCUUCCUUGCGUGGAUAAAGUCAGAUAAGAAGAUUCCUGUUAAAUUCGUAGUCCUCAUACUGACCAAAGCUACAGAAUUUCUGCCAGCUGUGAAAAUUUUCGAAGAAACUGGUUUACCAAAUUAUCACAAUCGGAUUAUAUUUAAUGGAGAUUUUGUUGAUCGAGGGGCUAAAUCAGUUGAAGUGAUAAGUUUGUUGUUAAUGGCUCUCUUAACAUAUCCGAAUGACAUAUUUUUAAAUCGAGGAAAUCAUGAAGAUAUCAAAAUGAAUGAGAGGUAUGGAUUUGUGAAAGAGCUGUCAAACAAAUAUCCUAAGGACAAGAAGAAUUUAAUUCAUGUGUUUGAUGAACUGUUUCGUGCCCUACCAAUUGGAGCUAUUAUCAAUAAUACCAUACUUAUCUGUCAUGGUGGCAUAUCAAAGCAUACAGAUAUAAGAAAACUGAGGACGUUAAAUAGAUUUAAACUUUCUUCAAUCCUACAGCCUUGUUUGGAUGGUGAUGACUGCGUAAAUUUAGAUGACUGGCAACAGGCUUUAGAUUUAUUAUGGAGUGAUCCUCAAGAUAAAGAUGGUUGUCGACCAAAUUGUUUUCGUGGAGCAGGAUGUUAUUUUGGUUCUGAUGUGACUAAAAAGUUUCUGGAGACAACAAAUCUUUCAAUGAUUAUUCGAUCACAUGAAUGCUGUAUUGAAGGCUGGCGUACAUGUCAUUCAGGCAAAGUGUUAACAUUAUUUUCAUCAUUUGACUAUUUUGCACUACGCAGUAAUAAAGGCGCAUAUGCUCGUAUUACUGUUGUUGAUUCCAGCCAAACAUUUCUAACUGAUUUAAAGGCUGUUAUAUCACUUUGUCCAACAAAUAAUCUGUCUAAAAAUCAACAAUCAGUACCAGUGGACAUCUAUGUCAAUGUUUUUAUUAUUGAUGAUUCAGAAAGUCAUUUAUCGAAUAAUAGUAAAAAGUCAGAUGAUUUAGUUAAUACAUCUUUUAUAUGUUUAUGGCAACGUAUAAUUCGUUGGAAAGAAAAACUCAUGGAACGUUUCAGUGAAGUAGACCUUGAAAAUUCAGGUGUGAUUCCACUUGCUGAAUGGUGCAACAUAAUGUCUUCAGUAACACAGUUAAAGCUUUCAUGGCGUUGUCUACGUUCUUUUCUAGUAAAACAAUCAGCUAAUUGUGUUAACAAAGUUAUUUACAAAUCUAUGUUUGCAGGCAACUGUGUUACACAUCCUGAACUUUCGGGUGAACAUUUAUUGGCGAAUGACAUUUUUGAAGUACAGUCUCAGUUGUUGGCUAUUACUCAGGCAUGUCACUUUGAAAACAAUAACGUUGACCUGUACAAACUGCUGGGCAAAUUGGAAUCAGCUAGCCACAAUGAACGAAUUAAUCGAAUAAAAGGCAUUUUAUCUAGAUUGAUGGAUUUCCUACACAACAGAAAUUUCAAAUCUUUUAAUUUAGAAAUUUUUUUGGCCUCUUUUCGUUUCGUGGAAAUUCAGAAGCGUAUUAAAACUAACUGA